GAAGAUGGCAAAGAAAAUUUUUCCCAUGGGUUUCUCUCUUGUUUGCUUAACCUUAAUCCAGUUCAUAGCUUCACUGAAUUUCAGCACAUCCCAUAGCGAAAUUAGCACUACACCCAAGGCUUUUUUCAUAUUUGGCGACUCCACUGUAGAUUCUGGCAACAACAACUUCAUUGAUACAAUUCCAGAGAACAAAGCGGAUUACAAACCAUAUGGACUCAACGCUUUUUCUCAUGAACCAACGGGACGAUUCUCAGAUGGUCGUGUCAUUGUAGAUUUUAUAGCUGAAUAUGCUGAACUUCCACUAAUUCCUCCUUUUUUGCAACCAAAUGCUGAUUUCAGCAACGGUGUCAACUUUGCUUCUGGUGGGGCCGGUGUUCUUUCUGAAACCAAUAAUAAACUGGUGAUUGAUUUUCAAACACAAUUACGUCACUUUGAAGAAGUGAGGAACUUGUUAUCAGAAAAGCUUGGAGAGAAGAAAGCAAAGGAAUUGAUCUCAGAAGCAAUUUAUUUCAUUAGCAUAGGAAGCAACGAUUAUAUGGGUGGUUAUCUGGCCGAUCGCAAAAUGCAAGCAAGCUACAAUCCUGAGCAAUAUGUUGGAAUGGUCAUUGGAAAUUUGACACAGGCCAUCCAAAUUCUAUAUGAGAAAGGAGCAAGAAAAUUUGGGUUCUUGAGUUUGUCUCCUUUGGGUUGCUUGCCAGCUCUUAGAUCUCUAAACCCUGAAAGCGACAAAGGUGGUUGCUUUGAGGCAGCUUCUGCUCUUGGUCUAGCACAUAAUAAUGCUUUGAGUACUGUUCUCACAAGCCUGAAAGAAGUCCUUGAAGGGUUCAUGUACAGCAACUCUAAUUUCUAUGACUGGCUUCUAGAUAGAAUAGAUAACCCCACAGAUUAUGGUUUUAAAGAUGGAGUUAAUGCUUGCUGUGGAAGUGGACCAUACGGUGGCAUCUUCAGCUGUGGGGACACUACGAAAGAUACAGAGUUCAGCUUAUGUGACCAUGCUGGUGAUCAUGUAUGGUGGGAUUCUUUUCAUCCAACACAGAAGAUUCAUCAGCAAUUCGCCAAGGCAUUAUGGGAUGGACCACCCUCCUCUGUAGGGCCAUACAAUUUGAAACAACUCUUCUCCAACAACGAGAUCACGCUCACUAUAGCUGAUGUAGUAGAUGCCCCAGAAAACCAGCAACACAGUUUCAGUAUCUGACUUCUUUUUGUUGGUUUCACAAGUGAAAUAAGAACGUUAAUUUCUACUGAAUAUCAUACAGCAGCACGUUGAAAAGUCAUAAACACCGUGCUUUAUCGGUUUUAAUUUCUUGACUAGUACUGUAAUUAAUGAUACUAAUUAUCAUUCUCAUUUUAAAAUAAAACUUUGAAUAUCUGUGUGAUAAAUAUAAA